AAUCAUGGCUCUCUACAACAAUGGGGCUGACGUGCCUUCGCCCCAGGAAGCUUCCAACGGCUUCUCCCAGCCCGGUGCCUCCGGAACGUGGCACAAGGGUGAGGAGGAGGUGCGUCUGGUGGAGCCCAGCAUGGUAAAGAAGGCUCACCGGGAAAUCCUGGACCAUGAGCGCAAGCGGCGGGUGGAGCUGAAGUGCAUGGAGCUGCAGGAGAUGAUGGAGGAGCAGGGGUACUCCGAAGAGGAGAUCCGGCAGAAAGUGGGGACCUUUCGGCAAAUGCUGAUGGAGAAGGAAGGUGUGCUCACCAGGGAGGACCAGCAUGGGCGCCAAAUCGUGAUAGAAAACCACCACGGGGCGGAUGGGGAGGAGUACGCGGUGGAGUAUCCCGACUAUGGCGAGGGCUGCCUGCUGCAGUGCGACUGCUCGGCCGAGUGCUACCGCGAGGACAGCGGCCACCGCGAGUACAGGCUGAAGAGGCGCUCGAGCAGCUCUACCUCUCCUCCCCCCAAGAAGAAAAAGAAGAAGAAAUCGGGUCACCGCCGGAGCCGCAAAAAGAGGAAACCUGGCUCGGAGCGCAGCUGUGACAGCUCUUCACCCAUCCGCAAGGAAAAGAAAAAGAAGACUGGAAAGAAACACAGACGUGACAGAUCUGAGUCAGGGUCACGGAAGAAGAGAAGACACAGGUCCCGAAGCCUCAAGAACAAACGGAAAGAGAAAAACAAAGAGCGCAAGAGGUCCCGCAGCGAGUCCCCGGCCUGGCGCUCGCACCGGCGCAGCUCCUGCAGCUCCCACAGCGCCUCCCUUUCCUCCGACGACAGCGGCUCCAAAUCCCCGGGCAGGCUGAGCCCCAAGCGCCGGCAGGAUGGUCCCAAGGGCAGCAGCGCCCGCUCCAGCCGCAGCCCGUCCUCGCCCUCGCCCCAGCGCUCGGCCUCGCCGCACCAGAACGGGCACAAGGGCAGCGCCCAGAACGGCCGCCACAGCCACGGCGCCCCGCUCCCGGAGCCCUCGGAUAGGCCGGCCUCGGCGUCCCCCUCUCCGCGGGCUCAUGGCAGGACGGAGCCACUGUCCCCCCGCGCCCGGGGGGGCCGACACGGUGCCCGCAGCCCCCGGUCGCCCACGCCGGAGCGGGGCAAGCACGGCCACCGGCAUCGCUCCCGCAGUGCCUCGCCGCCCUCCCGACACCGCGGCCAGAGCAAGGGGCGGCCCCCGGGCCCCCGGGAGCCCCCGCCGGCGCCGCUCAGUCCCCCCGGCUACAGCAGCGACUCGGAGGGCUCGGCGGGGUCACACCCCUACCACCCGCCGGCCGGCCCCGACAGGAACCACGGCGCACACGGGAAGAAGGUAAAGGAGAGGCACCACCGGGGCCGGCCCAACAGCAGCUCGGAGUCGUCGGCCAAGCACUCCCGGCACACGUCGGAGCGCAGGAAGAGCCCGUCACCCAGCCCUGGCCAGCGCAGCAGCUCCUGGAGCUCCAGCGGCUCCCUCUCCAAGUCCCGCUCCCGCUCCCGGGAGAAGAGAGCAGGACGCAGCCGCUCCCGAUCACCCUCACCGAAAAAACCCGCCAGCAGAGAGAAGGACAACGAGCCCCGAACGCGUCACGGUGAUCCCGAUCCCGCCCGCGCCCGGCGCCGCUCCAGGAGCUACUCCCCAAUCAGGAAGAGGAGACGUGACUCCCCCAGCUUCAUGGAGCCCAGGAGGAUCACGAGGUCCCUCUCGGAGAGCAUCGCCGUCAGCCUGGCUCCCAGGUGCUCGCAAGCGUCCCAUCCCCUACUACCGGCCCAGCCCCUCGUCCUCCAGCUCGCUGAGCACCUACUCGUACAGCCGGAGCCGCAGCCGCAGCUACGACAGCUACAGCUCCAGCCGCAGCCGCAGCCGGACUCGCAGCCCCCCCAGCCGCUCCCGCAGCCCCAGCCGCAGCCCCAGCUACAACAGCCGCAGCAGCUCGGAGAGCGCCGGCUUCUGAGCCCCCCCGGCACCCGGCCGCAGCCCCCUGACACCCCAGCUCUGCCCCCUCCAUGCCUCCUGCGCCCCCAGAAGGGACGGGACCACCGGAGAGGUGGAAAAGAGCCGGGGGAUGCUAAGGAUGGACCUGGCGGCGGGGGAAAGCACGGACGGAAAGCGGAAUGGGUCCUUGCAUCGCCCAUGGAAGGGGCGGUUCCCUCCCCGCUCCGGGGUGUUUUGGGGGUCGGGAUGGGGAAGGGGAGGAUGUCUUCUUAUUUCUGCGAGUGCCGGGGAGGGGUCGGGUUGGGUGGGCGAGCACAGAGCGAGGGAACAAACGCUCAGCAGAGACUUUGGGGCGAGUGGGUAGGGGUGGCUGGGGGCCUCCCGGGACCCCUCCCUGUGCUUCUUUGGGUUGGUUUGACUGUUUUUUAGCACAAGAAUAUUGGGGGGAGGGGGGGGGGCGUGGCAGGCUCAGCUGGAAGGUGUGAUGCCAGCCAGAGGUGAGCCCCCGCUUUUCCCCACUGGAGGUGUCCCCACAGUGUCCUGGGGGCUGGGGGGCACCAUGGAACACUUUGGGGUUCCCCUAGACCUGAGAACAUGCCGAGCCAUGGAUGAACAAAGCCAGCAGCACCCACAAGUCUCUUCCCAAGUGGGAAGAUCCAGCUCCCUGUGUGUUAAUGCUGCUCAUCCCAGCUCAGGAGCCGGCCCUGGCACCCAUCCAUCCCACCCAGUUUAAGGGGGGCACCAAGCUGUCACCCCCUGGAGGAGGGAGCUGUGAGGCCUAGGGCUGGGCAGGGGGGGAUUUCCCACCCCUGGGGGUGCAUCCAGCCAUCCUCUGGCUUUGGCAUGGACCCCACUUCUGGGCUGGCUGCCCCCAGUCCCUCCCCGUUCUGGGGUUAAGCAGCUGCUUUUUAAUCUGAAUUAUGGAAAGAGAGAGGCAGGAGGGUCCCGGGCCUGGCCCGCGGCCCUGCUUUUGCAGGACUUUGCUGAUUUCCCAAAAAAAAAAUAGCCCCCCCGGGCGCUGAGGACAGCCCUGGCCCCCCGGGGCGGUGUGUUGGUGUUUAAUCCUCGUGGCCCUGCGUUUUCCGGACGGCUGGAGCAGGACAAUGGGGAUGAGCCUCCCUGGGUGGGAGAGCAGCUGCCCGGAUUAACCCGCUGCCCCCGGCUGAAAAGCCAGGCUUUGGCCGUCCCGCUCGGGGCUGGUUUGCACCAGGCGGGGCCGGGGCAUCCUUUGGGCUCCGGCUCAGCUGUGAUGCGACAGCCUCGUUAGCCGUGGCCUGAUGAACCGGAGGUCUCCGGAGGGCAGGGCUGCGGGAGGAAGGGACACCGUGGGCUCAUCUCCCAGACCUGGAAUGUUGAGGAACCAGGCUCAGCCACAGGCUGAGGAUUCACCAGCCCUUGGAGAAAAAUCCCAGGCCGUGAGGGGUGCCAUCCCUUGGGUAUCCCACCCACCAGCUGGCAAAGCCACCAGCCACCCUCUGUGGUGCCCAGACAAGCAGAGCUGUUAGAAAUGGGGUGAGCAUGUAAGGAGGGGACUUGUGCACGUGUGCCAGCCCCGGGGCAGGGCGGCAGCUCUGGAUAUCCCUGACUGUGGUAGGAGGAGACAAAGGGUCCUGCUCCCCCUGGGCCUGGGGAGAUUGGAGGACACGAGUUCCCUCAGCAUCCCUACGAACCCCUGAGCCCCGCGCUCCGAAAAUCACUCCGCCCAUCUCCACCUGCUGCCGCAGCAGCCCCCGGGCCCCCCAUGGCUCUGUCCCCACCACUGCUCCACGGGGAAGCUCAGACUGGGAUACAGGGGGUGUCCCCUGAGACCAUCCCAACCCAAGCCACCGGCAGGGGGGUUAUUUUACCAGUGGCCGCAGCCCCAGCCCUGCAGUCCCCGGGGCCGCGGCUCCCGAAAUCCCGAGACCCGCCUGCAGCGGCGCCGCGGACGAGCCAGCACAUCAGGGAAAAAUUCCAGUCUUCCUCUUUUACAGUCUCUGUCUCCUGCCGCGGAGGGAGCCAACUGGAACAAAUACUCUGUAGAAAUACUUCAGUAUUUUCCUGUCGCGCGUGCGCUCUCUCUCUGGGUUGUGAGUACAGCCGUAGAUGCCGUGAGCUGGUGCAAUUAUAAUAAAUAUACAGUAUAUAUUGUAAAU